AUGUUCAACAACGAAUCGUUCAGUUCGAGCGUUUCAACCACGAGUUCCACUUCCUCGUCACAUUUCUCCGUUGAAAACGUCGUUCACUUCCCGAACAAACCACGUCUUUCUAUAGACGCUACCGCGAGAGCGACAAAUGCUAUCCGAUUAUCGCCUGGAUUUCUUGAAGCAGUUGCGACAUGUAGUAAAGAUGACGACGUUUCGAGACGAAUUCAUGAGGCAACCAGACGAUACAAUCAUUUUGGAGCGGAGGUGUUCGCGAGAUUCCGAGAAGAACUAGGUUCUGGGCCGAAAACGUACGAGCGAUUACGGCAGAACUCUGUUAGAAGACGAUUAACUAAGGUAGACAGCAACGAUGAUUCUGGAAGAGCCACCACAUCUUCUGAUACCUCUUCGGUGUGCGAUUUUCCCGGCGAUGAUGAACCAACGGCUUUUCUGCCCUAUCGUAGUCGAUUACCACCGUUCGGCUCGUCUCAAUCAGUUUACGAUCCAAAAGACAUCUCCUCGAUUUCCGCACGGUUAGAGCACAUCAAAAACGAGUUUUUCGCCGGAAAUGACAAGCCGUUUUCAUCCAUGUCCGGUUUCCAAACUCCUACCACAGCAUUGGGAGCGGCAAUGCAGGAUCUUAAUAUGAAAAGCGCCUUUGCACCAGUGUCACCGAAAAGUCGGCCAACUCAUCACAGAGGGAUGCCUCACAAAAGCGGCUACCGGAUUUCCGAUCUACUUCACGAUGAUCCAGUUUUUCGCAAAUCCGAAGAGUUUUCAUCUACAGAGAAGGUGCAUAGGGUUCCGAUUAAAUUAGUGCAAGCCAGCUCAACACAAGACUUGAGCUCAAGUCGAGGGCGAUACCAUUUCGGUCCUUUGAAUGAGCAACAGGAACAUGACAUUGGUCCAGUAAGCGAACAGCAAGAGACUCCAAUACUUGAGGAUCAAGACAUGGAUAGCCCCACGAGCCCGUUGGCUAAACAUGCUAGAACUCUUUCUUACCCUCUCACGAUCAACGUGGAUACUCAAAGCGUGACCUCGGAUUUGCCUAGCUCAAUCUCGUCAUCUGUGAAUAGUUUCAUCUAUCACGGCUUAAACCAAGAAGAGCUCAAAAAACAACUGGAAGAAUUGACGGCCGCAUCAUGCAGGGCGGUGGCUCCGGAUGCAAGUGGAAAUAUCAAUCCUGACAAAAUUCGCGAUCAAAUAGAAGUGGUGAAAAGACAGUUGGACGUCUUCCAGCAGUUGAUGGCUGAUGCAAAGGGCGAGCUUGACAUGGCCCGAAUGGAAGAAGAAAGCCAGGAUUCGGCAGCUGUGGACGAUAUGUGCGAGCCGUCACCCUCAUCGUCGCACACUGAUUCAGAAUCUCCACGGGAUCGACGACUUCAUCACUGCACCCAUCCACAUUGUGGAAAGGUCUACACUAAAAGUAGUCAUUUGAAGGCACACUAUCGAACGCAUACCGGUGAAAAACCAUACUCAUGUCCAUGGCCUGGAUGCGAAUGGCGGUUUGCUAGGUCAGACGAACUCACUCGACAUUACCGGAAACAUACUGGCGACCGUCCUUUCAAAUGUGCACAAUGUUCGCGAGCAUUCUCACGCAGCGAUCACCUAAGCCUCCACAUGAAACGGCAUUUCUAA